CCAUCACACCAUCAACGACGGAAUCUAAGGGAGAGCCCUGGUCGGUUGGUUCCGGAGUUGCGCUCUGAUGCGGGUGGACCCAUUAAUAACCGGAGUCAGGAUGGCUUUGUUGCUGUCGGUUUAGCGCCUAAACUACGGUGAGCCCUUUGCAUCAAUCUCUUCCCUUGCAGUUGUCUGAAUCCUCUAUUCGUGUUUCUCUGAGGAAGAAUUCAUCUGUCAAGAGUGGGAAUCCGCUAGCUUCUCAGUACUUCUUAAAGAACCAUGUUCUUCCGAGGAGUUAUGCUGUCUAGACAAGUCCCAAAUAUCAGAUAUCACUAUGAGAUGAGUGUUGAAAAGUCUGGAGCAACUUCUAUUCUCAAUAAAUUAUUGAAGCUUUCCUGUCAAAUGUUCUCGACAUCGCCAGUUGACACUGACCUUCCAAGGAAGCUUAAAAGGGAUGAGCGGAAGCCGUGGGUUACACAUAUAACCGAGCUCAAGCGUAGAGGCAGAGAGGAGAGGAAAGAGAGGCUCUUAGUGCGUGAAAAGGUUCUAGGGCCUCCGGAAAAUGGAUUAUUGGUUAAGGAACUAAUUCCGGUUGCUCAUGAAGUUUAUGCUGCGAGGUCAGAGUUAUUCGCCUGUGUUUCAAGAGUUUCCCAGAGCAUUACGGUAUACACAUGCAGUGUGUGUGGUGAAGUUCAUGUUGGUCAUCCACCACACCUGAUCCGGUCAUGCAAUGUUAGUGGCAGUCUAGCAAGUAAAGAGCACACCUGGGAAAUAGGGAAUGUGGAACACAUAUUACCUCUCACGGAAUCAUUUCAUCUGUAUGAUCGGCUAGGGAGGGCUGUUUCUCACAAUGAGCGGUUGCAGGUGGAUAGGAUACCGGCAAUUGUGGAAUUGUGUAUCCAAGCAGGCUUUGAUAUUCCUGAAUAUCCUACUAGAAGAAGAGUCUUCCCUCUUUAUUGGUUAUCGGGUAGACUAAUAGAUUUUGAGAAGAGGUUUCCCAAAGAAGAUGUACCAGGAAAAGAUAUUAGCACCUAUGGGUUCUGGCAGAAAAUGAAAAAACCAGCAAAGGAUGUCAAGUUUGUCGAUGUGGAAUCUGAUCACUUACAAGGAGUGGCUGCUCGAGGCAUGAAUGCAUGGGAAAGAAUGAGAUCAGGAGCCUCUAAACUCAUGCAGAAGUAUGCUGUCCAGACAUGCGGAUACUGUCCCGAGGUCCAAGUUGGGACAAAGGGUCACAGGGUGAGAAACUGUCAAGCUUUCAAGCACCAGAUGAGAGACGGUCAACAUGAUUGGCAAGAGGCAACUGUCAAUGACAUUGUUCCUCCCGUCUAUGUAUGGCACAUUCGUGAUCCCAAGAGUAGUGAGCCGCUUAUAAAUGACUUGAAGAGAUACUACGGAAUGUUACCUGCAGUAGUUGAACUCUUUUACCAGGCGGGUGCUUCCGUCAGCGAUCAGUACACCAGUAUAAUGAGGGAAGACGUUGCGAUACCAGAAACGGAUGAACAAAGGCUGGUCGUGUAAAGCAAGAAUUUGGAGCUAAGGUCACGUUUGAAGAGACAAGUUGAAGACUUUGAAAUGGGGUUUGUUCCUGAUUUCCGCGGUUUUCUUGCUGUAAAUCUUGCAGGAAUGCAAGCCAUCAUAACGACUUAUCUCGGGUACAUCAUCCAUCUAAAUCUGGCUAUGUAAAUGAUUGUUCAGCCACAUUCUCUAUUGGAUUCAAGACUUGGUCUGUGUACUAAGUGCCCAGAAGAAGAAGAACUUGUAACUCUAAUCAUAAGCAUUUGGUGAUCCUACGGGUGAUGUAAAUCAGAUUUCAUAAUUUGGGAUCCUGAAUUCUAUGGAAAGUUCCUGAGGAAAAGACUUGCUUUUAUACAGAUAGGAAUGUGGAUAUAUGAAUAGUUACAUUGAAUGGUUCAAAUGUAUUAUGGUUUGUCUUCA